UUGAAACUCAUAGCUAAAGCCUCCUCUUAUCAGCUCGGUCGCUCCUCCCGGAACGAACCCAAUCACGCAAGCGAAGAAGCGACCGGAGCACCACACGCACCGGCCCUCGUAAUUGCCUCGAUCUCCAAUCAUAGGCCGGCUCGAGGUGCCGCGCUAUUCAACGGACCUCUCCCUUUGUUUACUACUCCCGCCCAAAUCAUUCGCAGUUUUCUCUCCUCCCCUCUGUUUCGAAGAAUCAGACCGAGCCUAGCUUCCUAGUUGUUGUGUGGUUGGGCGGUGCUGGUGCGUUAAUGGCGGUUGACCUCCUCUUCCUCCUCGCGCCUUUAAAUUGCGCGGGAAGAAGCGCCAGUGGUGAGAGCCGCAGAUAGCCAGUUUGCUGCCUCCUCCCCAACUCCUUUGCUCCGAUUGAGUCUCGCCUGGGCUCUCUGUUCCGUGUUCUGUUUCUGUUUCUGCUCUUCAGCAGCAGCCGCUGCUUCUUGUCCCUUCUUUCCUGACGCGGCAAUGGCAUCGGAGAAGCUCGUGGCCAGGAAAGGCAGGCUCAGGCAGCGCUACGACAACGAGUACCGCCUCGUCGCCGGGUGCGUUCCGUACCGCGUGGACAAAGAUGGGCAGCUCGAGGUUCUCAUGGUCUCCACAGCCAACAGGGACGAUCUCGUCUUCCCCAAGGGCGGCUGGGAGGACGACGAGGACGUCUAUGAGGCGGCAUGCCGCGAGGCGCUGGAGGAGGCCGGAGUCAGGGGCAACAUCAAUAGAAACCCGCUGGGCUUGUGGGUGUUCAGGAGCAAGAGCAGACAGAGCCUGGGCCAGAGCAGCGACAGCCCGCGGGGCGCCUGCAAGGGCCACGUCUUCGCGCUGGAGGUCACCGAGGAGCUCAAGCAAUGGCCGGAGCAGGAAACCCACGGAAGGCGGUGGCUCUCCCCAGCGGACGCGUACGGGCUCUGCCGGUACGACUGGAUGCGCGAGGCGCUGACGGCAUUGAUGGACCUUUGUUCGACGGCAUCGUCGUCGAUCCCUGUAGCGGCGGCGGUGGCCGUGAGCACUGCGGCGCCGGAGCUGAACGAGCACGCUGGCAUGUGCAUAAGCAUGAUGCUGAUGAAGCCGGUGGACUCCGCGGAUCGAGCGGUGGCGCUGUGCUGAUCCUUGCGGCGCAUGCAGAUGAACUGACGACAGACUGCAGGCGAAGCUAAUAAGCAGACAGAAAUAUCAUCUGAUAAGACAUUUGAACAUGUUCUCUUUUCGUUCUAAUCAGUAAUUAGCUAUCGUCGUAAUUACUGAGUGUCAUCCGUCAUGUAUGAUCAAUUCCUGGCCUCUGUUGAUUGCCAACUUGUAUGAUCGAUCCGUGUGUUCUGUAAUGUUAUCAAGUCUUAGGGCCACUUGAUUAAGUCGUCUUGUAAAUGUUUGCUUCCGUUCCUCAAAUGCAUUUUCUGAGCAACAAGAAUAUUUGUGAAUAGAGUUUUAUUA